GGGGGGGGGCCUAACCUCAGGCCCAUAACUAAACCCCCAGCCUUGUACUCAAGAAGCAGUACCCCUAACGGACUGAGCUGAACGCUCAUUCUUCCUAGGUCUCUGGGCCUCCUGGGGAAAGGGAUCCGGCUGGAGAUACAGUCCUUCUCAGCGUCCCCUUUGUCUCUCUCCCUGGGUAUAAACCUGGUCCAUAUUGUUCCGGAGUAGACGGAGCUGGAUAGCACUGUACUUCACAACUAACCAGGAAUAGGAGGUCUGGGCAAGCUUGCUUGAUGAAGAAAAAAAAAAAAUUCUAACUUUGCCCACUCAUUCAUUCAACAAUUACUUGUUGAGCACCUACUACGUGACGGGCAGUAAGAGCCUGGCCAGUUUUCCCCUCAUUUUUCAAAAUUAGCAGGGGCGGGAGGGGUAGAGCUGGAAUCCAGGAGUCUUGGUUCCGCCCCCUUGUGCGUUUGGCCUCGCUUACUCCUCCCAUUACCACUUCACUUCGAAGUGGCCUCUGGCCCAAAACGAGGACAGAAGCGUCUCUGCUGUCCACUUCGUUCUCCAGCUCCGGGCCUUAGGCCAUGCAACUGAGAAGGCGAGGUCUAAUGUUAGACCACCGGUCUGUUCCGCUUCAGGUUUGGGGUCCAUCCGGAAGGUUUUCAGAUAGGAUCCUCAGUGAGACUGCACUCGAUUGAAUCGGUCUAUCUUGACACCCUAAGUAGGCGGGUUCUCUGCAGUCGCUCCACGGCGGAUGCAAGAGUACUUUACUGCGCACGCGCAGUAGAUAGCCGAUGGAGCCACGGAUGGAGCUGUCCGGAAGGGAGCAGGAGCCCGGAGCCGUCAGGCUCCUGGACCUGCCCUGGGAAGACGUGCUACUCCCACACGUCCUGAGCCGGGUCCCUCUGCGACAGCUGCUCCGGCUGCAGCGCGUCAGCCGGGCCUUCCGGGCGUUAGUGCAGCUGCACCUGGCGGGGCUGCGCCGCUUCGACGCAGCUCAGGUGAGCCGUGGCCCGGAGCCCCGCCCCGCCUGGGUAGCGCCCCCGCUUGCCCCCAGCCCCGUAGUCCAUCCUUCCGAUCCCCCGGAACCGCAAGGGCUGCCCGGGAAGCGAGCCCGGAAGUGGGGAAUACCCCUCAAAGGCAGGUCCCAGGUGGGUCCGCAGAUCCCGCGGGCAGCAUUAACCCGGCUGCUGCGGGACGCCGAGGGGCUGCAGGAGCUGAUGCUGGCGCCGUGUCACGAAUGGCUGUCAGACGAGGACCUGGUGCCGGUGCUGGUGCGGAAUCCGCAGCUGCGGAGUGUGGCGCUGGCCGGCUGCGGGCAACUGAGCCGCCGCGCGCUGGGGGCGCUGGCCGAGGGCUGCCCCCGCCUGCAGCGCCUGUCGCUCGCGCACUGUGACUGGGUGGACGGGCUGGCGCUGCGCGGCCUCGCGGAUCGCUGCCCGGCCUUGGAGGAGCUGGACCUGACGGCCUGCCGCCAGCUCAAGGACGAGGCCAUCGUGUACCUGGCGCAGAGGCGCGGCGCGGGCCUUCGCAGCCUCUCACUGGCCGUCAACGCUAAUGUGGGCGACACUGCCGUCCAGGAGUUGGCUCGGAACUGCCCGCAACUAGAGCACCUCGACCUCACCGGCUGCCUCCGCGUCGGAAGCGACGGCAUCAGGACACUGACCGAGUAUUGCCGGGCGCUUCGAUCACUUCGGGUGCGGCACUGCCACCAUGUGGCUGAACCCAGCCUGAGCCGCUUGCGGAAGCGCGGUGUGGACAUCGAUGUGGAGCCACCGCUGCACCAGGCCCUGGUGCUGCUGCAGGACGUGGUGGGCUUCGCACCCUUCGUCAAUCUGCAGGUCUGAACCACCCGCAGGUUGGGGCACAGCUGGACUGUGUGGUGGGGGCCUGGCUGAGCUGUAGGGAAACUGGACUGUGGGGGCCUCUGGUGAGAGGUCAGCGCCCUACCCCACCUUGGAGCUUCAAAUAAAGCUUUUUACCCCCUCUUGCCUGGCCCUGCUGCCCUGUUGAAGACAGGGGAUGUGAGGUUGGGGAGGGAAGGUCAGACAGACGCAGCACCCCAGUCGUGAGGCAGAAAUGACCAAAAUGAACUCACACU